AUGUUUGACUCUCUGGCGGCCAUAUCCGCCCUUGAGUCGGGGAAAUCCCGCCACCCCUUCAUCCAGGCCAUCGAGGCCGAGUAUGACCCACUCACCACAAUUUGUUGGGUCCCCGGUCACUGCAGCAUCGACGGUAAUGAAAAGGCUGAUCGCCUGGCGGCCAAGGGAAGACACACUAGCCGACGUCUCACUGGACUCGUCCCGACUGCAAAUAUUUUGGGACAGCUGAAGUCAGGGAUUAACGAAGCCUUCGUACGCCACUGGCGUGGCAGCACCGGACACCUUCAGCGAAUCAAAGGCUCACCCGACCGCUGGACAGACCGGACUGAUAGGAGGGAACAACGAGUACUGUCGCGGCUCAGAGUAGGGCAUACGAAGGUCUCUCAUGCUCACGCCAUAUCGCGUGUUCCCCCACCAACAUGCAUUACAUGUGGUACCCGAACCACUGUGGAACACUUUCUGGUGAACUGUCCAGAGUUAGCCGACCUACGGCAGCACCACAAACUACCGCUCUCCAUUAGAGAGAUUCUUGCAAACGACCCCACCCGAGAAGAAAUGUUACUGGCCUUUCUGAAGGACGCGGGAUUACUCGACCAGCUGUAA